CCCGAGAGGCUUUAUCCUGCCCCGGGCUGCCGGCGAGUCCGGCAGCUGGUGUUUGAUCCCUGGUGCGCGCUGGGGACGUCUGUUGUUGCUUCUGCGCUUACCAUGGCUUGGGUCUGGACUGCGCCACUGCCGCUCAGGAUAGCUGGGUCCUUGGAACAUCUUUAGUGCCGGAGUUCGGGCCGCAGGCGGCUUCGCGGCAGCGGGAGAACAGAACCUCUGGAUGGACUCCUGGGAAGCCUGGCUCCCUGGCAGCUGCAGGAAAAUGCUCCGCGUUAACAUCUGUCUGUCCGCAUAGUCAUCACGUCAUUUCACUGGGGUGGCAGGGACUUGGAAUUCUAUAUAGAGAAAGCACCCGGAUCCCAGUCUCUCAAUGGCUUCAAGACACCCAGAAAUGCCUGCUCUUGAGCCCAACGGGCCUCUCGGCAAGAUGUCCCUGCCCAUCGGGAUGUGCCGCCGGGCAUUCAGCUAUGACGAUGCCCUCGAGGACCCUGCACCCAUGACUCCUCCCCCAUCGGACAUGGGCAGCAUCCCCUGGAAGCCAGUGGUUCCAGAGCGCAAGUACCAGCAGCUCGCCCAGGCGGAGGAAGGAGAGGCCAGCGCGCCGGCCCCUGCCGGGACUCUGUCAGCGUCCACUGAGAGUAUGGACAAGGUGCCGGUGGUGAAGGCUAAAGCUACCCGCGUCAUCAUGAAUUCUCUGAUCACAAAGCAGACCCAGGAAAGCAUUCAGCGUUUUGAGCAGCAGGCAGGGCUGAGAGACGCUGGCUACACACCCCACAAGGGCCUCACCACCGAGGAGAACAAGUACCUGCGAGUGGCAGAAGCGCUCCACUGUCCCUCCUCUCACCCGCGCGGACAGAAACUGAAGCUGCAGAGCGGAGAGCUCACGAGAGAAGAGAGGCCUGCGUCAGCCCAGUCCACCCCGAGCAGCAGCCCCCACUCUUCCCCUAAGCAGGGGCCCAGAGGCUGGUUCACUUCGGGCUCCUCCGCAGCCUUACCUGGCCCAAGUCCCAGCGCCCUGGACCCUGGCGGUGGGGAUAAGGACAGAAGCUCUGCCGAGAAGUGGAGCCUUUUUGGGCCUAGACCCCUCCAGAAGUCUGACUCCGGAGGUUUCGCUGUCCAGGCCUACAGAGGAGCCCAGAAGCCCUCGCCGAUGGAACUGAUGCGUGCCCAGGCCACCCGGAUGGCUGAGGACCCAGCGACCUUCAAGCCGCCCAAGAUGGACAUCCCGGUGAUGGAGGGGAAGAAGCCACCGGCGCGGAGCCAUCACCUCAAACCCCGGGACUUGAACGUGCUCACACCCUCUGGCUUCUAGAGCUUUCUGUCCCAGGGUCUGCAGAUCAAGGGCCUCUAGCACCCAGCCCCCUUUACCUCAGCUCUGACAUAGGAAAGGCGUAUUUUACAAAACCCAUUGAGAGAGCUGGAGACAGAAUCGGUUUUUGAGAAACGUUAGUACGAAGUCUGUUCUCGCUGUGUGGAAGAGACUAUCCUGUACUGCUUUAGAUGGGCCCAUCAGGAGUGAGCGACGCGUGAGGGGCCCCGCUAACCUGUCUCUGUGUCAUUUGUCCUUGUCCUUGUGCCGUUCAGACCCCAGGCUUCUGGGCUCUCGGACUGCUGUCAGCUGGGCCUGGCAGAUCCUGGCCUGGCAGUGCUCACUGUGCUGCAGCCUAGCCAGCACGGGGAGCCGCGUACAGUUGAAAGCCAGACUUGGCGGGCGGCCCUCUGUGAGGUCUUUGUGGUUGGAGUCUCCUUGCUUGCUGGUAGAGCUGACGGAGCCCUGUGCCCUGCUGCCCGUCUGUCGUGCCCAGCGAGCUGGUGCAGUCGGAGGCGUGCUGCUGCUUUCUACGUCCAACCAAUGGUAGGCCUGCAGCUCUCGCCUUGUACUUCACAGUGAGAUGAAUUUAACCACCAAAGGGAGAGAGUCGGGUGUGCCAGCUGGGUGCAGGGCAGUGGAUGUCGGGCUUCAGUAGGGAAGACAAGUUCAGUGAGACCCUCGACUUGAGUCCACGCGAAAGGAGUGUCGCCUUAUCUUAAUUUCCUUACCCUGGUCAGGGCCCGAAACUUGUGGGUGCCGGUGCAGGUGUGUGUUAAAGAACUCCAGUUUUUCCUAUACAAAAGCAUUUUCACCAACACGAGCCUCAUAUGUUUGGGCAACGCAUAUCAUGGAGGAAAGGCAUUCGUGGGGCACAUGCUCGGUCACUGUCACACCCGCUCUCAGAUCCCCACUCUACCUUGUCUGGGCAGCACCCUGUUCCCGGAAGGAGCUGCCCUUCCUGGGAGAGGCCUGGAGUCCGCAGUCACCAGGACAGUUAACUUAUUUGUUUCUUCUGUUAAGAGCUCUUGUUUUUGACAAUAAAUCCUUCCUACUUUCUCAGA